AUUGCACCCUUCUCCUGCACUCUCCAACCCAGACGCAGGUAUAAUUACACAAGAGCAAUUGACUACAAUGGCAUCUACCAGUGCAACCAUACGUCACGCAACUCGCAAUGACGUUCCCACCAUCCUAUCUCUAAUUCGCGAACUCGCCGACUACGAAAAGGCCAGCGACAAGGUCGAGGCGACCAAAGAAUCCCUCACCCGCACCCUUGCACACUACGAUCCUUCCACCUCGACCUUCUCUCAAGGCUUCGCUCGUACCCUCCUCAUCACCGACCCCGACGACACCGUCGCCGGCAUGGCGCUAUACUUUUACAACUACAGCACCUGGACCGGCGUGCCUGGUAUAUACCUCGAAGAUCUAUUUGUCAAGGAAAAGUACCGGAAAAGGGGCUAUGGGAAGAGGCUUUUGAAGGAACUUGCGCAGGAGGUACUCAAAGUCAACGGAAAGAGGCUCGAGUGGAGUUGUCUAGAUUGGAAUGAGCCUAGUCUCAAGUUCUACGAGAGUGAGCUGAUAGGUGCACAGAGGAAGAAGGAAUGGGUGGGCUUAAGAGUUGAGGGCGAUGCACUACAGAAGCUUGCGGGUUCGGGUUCCUAGAUCUUCGGCAUGUAGGUACUGAGCGUGGCGGGUAACUUGCCGUACAUGACUACAUCAAGUGGGGCUUCUCCAUGCUGCCCGUAUUUGUG